AUGGCUUUGGGAAGCUCCCUCGGACUAACAAAAGAGGAAGCGUUGCAUCUUCUGGAGGAGGAAAGGAAGCGUGAGAGAGAGGAGAGAGUGCACGCUAGAGAAGAUUCCAAACUCGAACAUGAGAGGGAACAGCAGAAGGCUGAGAGGGAGAGGGAGGACGCCAGACUGAAAGCUGCACAUGAGAUCGCUAUGAUAGAGCUUAAGAUCAAGCUCGCGGAAACAGAACGCGCCAGUGGAGCGACAACAGACGGAGGGAGCGAAGAACGUAACGUGGACGCAGCGCAAGAAAUGGCAGAGCUAGCUGACCAGUACCUGGAAGCCCAGGGAAAAUGCAAUCUGGGUGCUAUGAAAGAUGGGGGUUGUACAACACUGAGACCAGACGGCGAGAACAGUAAGGCUACUGGACAAACGGGAGGAACCCGAAGACCAUCGCCUAGAUGCUUUCUGUGCAGUAAGGUUGGGCAUAAGGCAACUGACUGCAGAAGCGGAUAUAGACAAAAUCAGGCAGGAGUACGAUGCUGGGAGUGCGGCAAAAUGGGACACAAAGCUGGGCAGUGCGCCAAUCACUCACAAAACAAAGCAGCGUGUGUCCUGGAUAAAAGACAGAAGGCAUUAAAGAGGGGCAACAAAGAACAGCAGGGAGCGAUAACAAAUACAAGAUUUGAACAUGUUACUGACGCUGACUUAGUACACAAUAUCGACAUAAUGAUGCCGGUGGUCGAAGCGAGGUUACAUGAUAUUAAGAUAUCAGUGCUGAGGGAUAGUGGAACCAACACAGUACUAGUAAGAAAAAGGCUGGUACGAAGUGAGGAGUUCACAGGGACGUCCACUGGGGUUAUCCCGGUUGACGGCACCAUGAGGGUUAUGCCUGAAGCGAUAAUCAACAUAGAUACACCUUAUUACACGGGGGAAGGACGUGCCAAAUGCGUAGAAGAACCGCUGUAUGACCUCAUACUGGGUAACAUCCCAGGGGCUAGAAAAGUGGACUGCCCGGAUUUAGGGUGGGGCACAAGUACGAAGAAAAUGCGUCACCAGGGAGAUGAAGUGUUUGGCGAAACGCCGUCUAAUUCAUUGAACAGCGUUACCUCACAUGCUGAGAACGACCGACUACUGCAAGAAAUCGGGGAAAAGGAGGCGUUGAAUGCAGAGCAGAUUCAUAACGAGGUGUCAUUUGCAGCAGGAGCAAAAAGAACGGACAAAAGUGAAGAGAAACAAUUGCCCCAGCUCAAGGCGCUGGUUAUAGAGCUGCUAGAAGUCACAGCUCUUACAUUAACGGGGCAGCAAAAGUCGGAUGAGAGUCUGCAGAGGUUUUUUAGAAGUCUGAAUAAACGAGUGCGGAAAUGGAGAUGUGACGUAACAACGGAAUACGUCGUCAAGGAUGAUUUGUUGUUCUGUCGAGUCGAAUUGAGCGACGGGGACGUGGGGCACCAACUCAUUGUACCAACGGUAUUUAGAAAGACUGUAAUGGAAUUGGCUCACGAUGGAAUAAUGUCGGGCCAUCAGGGGGUAAAGAGUACGGUCGCUAGGGUAGCGGAAGAAUUCUUUUGGCCUGGUAUGCAAGGCGACGUGAAACGUUACAUACGGUCUUGUGAUGUGUGCCAACGCACUAUACCGAAAGGCACCGUGAAAAAAGCCCCAAUGAUAAGUAUGCCCAUAAUUGAAGAACCCUUCCAUCGGGUAGCGAUAGAUAUCAUUGGACCAAUAACCCCCAAGUCCAGCAAGGGAAACCGAUAUAUCUUGACAAUGGUUGAUGUAGCCACGAGGUACCCGGACGCUGUGGCAUUGAAAACCAUUGAUACCCCGCAGGUGGCAGAAGCCCUAGUCGAGAUGUUCUCCCGGUACGGAGUACCUAAGGAGAUUCUGAGUGAUCGAGAAAAAUUUAAUGGUACCAUCAAGCAAAUGAUGAAGAGAAUGAGCCAAGAACGACCCACGGACUGGGAUAGGUAUAUCCCGGCACUCCUCUUUGCCUAUAGAGGAGUACCACAAGCGUCGCUAAGAUUCGCACCAUUUGAGAUGUUGUACGGACGAAAUGUGAUCGAACUCAAGGACAAACUGAAGAAAACAUGUGAAGUGGCGCAUGAGAUCAUGGCAGAGGCGCAAACAAAACAGAAAAGGUUCUACGACCGGAAGAGCCAGGCUCGAAGGUUCGAGCCAGGCGACAGAGUGCUCAUACCGCUACCCAGUGACCACAACAAACUAACCAUGCAGUGGAAGGGACCGUACGAAGUUGCGAGGCGAAAAGGCAAUUUAAACUACGAACUUCUGGUUGGCGACAAAAGAAAAACGUUUCACAUAAACAUGUUACAAAAAUAUGUAGAUCGCGAAACUAAGAAUGAAAGUUGUGGGGUGAUGGUGGUCCAGGAUGAGGUUGAAGACUUAGGGGAGAUCACGACGCCCAGUCUAAAAAGGCAACAGGCUGCGCAGGAUGUGGUCAUCAAUCCUAAAUUAAGCCAAAAGCAAAAGAAAGAUCUGGCUGACGCGAUCAGGGAGUUUGAAGAUAUAUUCUCUGACGUACCGGGCAGAACAAAUGCAUUGCAAUGCAAACUUCGAUUGAUGACAGAAGAGCCGGUCCGUAACAUUGCUCGUGCCACGCGCCACGAACUUUUGCUGAGCAAACUACUCGACGUGACAAGCAUGGGCUAUCCAUUGUUCAUCCCUGACAAGAAAAUGGAGGCUUUCUUUGACAUACCUUUGGAGCUCACUGUAUAUUAA